AUGUCAAUUGAACUCGAUUGGUCUUUUUCUCGUCCGUUUCGGUCCAUUUUUCGCCUAUUUUUCGCCGUUUUCACCAUUUUCUCAUUUAAGCGCAUUAUCCCAAUUUUUAUUGCAAUUCUCAGUACUAACAGUUCCAGUGGUGAUAUCGGUUUGAUUGGUUUGGCCGUCAUGGGCCAAAACUUGAUCUUGAACGCCGCCGACCACGGCUUCACCGUCGUGGCCUACAACAGAACCGUCUCCAAGGUCGAUGACUUCCUUGCCAACGAGGCCAAGGGCAAGUCCAUCAUCGGUGCCCACUCCAUCGAGGAGCUCGUCGCCAACUUGAAGAGACCAAGAAGAAUCGUCAUCUUGGUCAAGGCCGGUAAGCCUGUUGACGCCUUCAUUGAGCAAUUGUUGCCUCACUUGGAGAAGGGCGACAUCAUCAUCGACGGUGGUAACUCCCACUACCCAGACACCAACCGUCGUUACGAGGAGUUGAAGGACAAGGGAAUCCUUUUCGUUGGUUCCGGUGUCUCCGGUGGUGAAGAGGGUGCCCGUCACGGUCCUUCUUUGAUGCCUGGUGGUCACCCAGACGCUUGGCCUCACAUCAAGGAGAUCUUCCAAUCGAUCUCCGCUAAGUCCGAUGGUGAGCCAUGUUGCGACUGGGUCGGUGAUGCUGGUGCCGGCCACUACGUCAAGAUGGUCCACAACGGUAUCGAGUAUGGUGACAUGCAAUUGAUUUGCGAGGCCUACGACUUGAUGAAGAGAGUUGGUAAGUUCUCCAGCAAGGAGAUCGGUGAUGUUUUCGCCAAGUGGAACAAGGGUGUUUUGGACUCUUUCUUGAUUGAGAUCACCAGAGACAUCAUGUACUUCGACGACCCAACCGACGGUAAGCCUUUGGUCGAGAAGAUCUUGGACACUGCUGGUCAAAAGGGUACCGGUAAGUGGACCGCCAUCAACGCCUUGGACUUGGGUAUGCCUGUCACUUUGAUCGGUGAGGCUGUUUUCUCCAGAUGUUUGUCUGCUUUGAAGAGCGAGAGAGAGAGAGCCUCCAAGGUUUUGACCGGCCCAUCUGAGGACGAGCAAUCUCCAAUCACCGACAAGCAAAAGUUUGUUGACGACUUGGAGCAAGCCUUGUACGCUUCCAAGAUUAUCUCCUACGCUCAAGGUUUUAUGUUGAUCAGAGAAGCCGCCAAGGAGUACGGUUGGAAGUUGAACAACCCAGCCAUCGCUUUGAUGUGGAGAGGUGGAUGUAUCAUCAGAUCCGUCUUCUUGGGUGAGAUCACCUCUGCCUACAGAGAGAACCCAGACUUGGAGAACUUGUUGUUCCACCCAUUCUUCCAAGACGCUGUUGUUAAGGCUCAAAAGGGUUGGAGAUCUACCAUCGGUAAGGCCGUUGAGUACGGUGUCCCAGUCCCAGCUUUCUCUACUGCUUUGUCCUUCUACGACGGUUACAGAUCUGCUCAAUUGCCAGCUAACUUGUUGCAAGCUCAAAGAGACUACUUCGGUGCCCACACCUUCCAGGUCUUGCCAGGCCAAGAGAACGACUUCUUGAAGAAGGGUGAGUGGAUCCACGUUAACUGGACCGGUAGAGGUGGUAACAUCUCUGCUUCUACUUACGACGCUUAG